AUGCAUACCGCAACUUUUAAGUUCGGAGGUUGCCUUCGAAGAUCUCCACGAACUCUCCCGGGAUGUGAAUAUGAGCAUUUCGCCGAUCAUGUACUGUUGUGUAAAGUCAUCGUAGGUCCAUUUUGCAAUGAUCACAUUUACAUUCGCUCAAUAGUUCGACGAAAUGUGACUUGCCGAAAGUGCACUGAACGAGAUCCAGACUGUGAUGACAAGUGCCAGGGACAGUGGUGUCACGAAGACAGCACGACGGGUGCUGCCGGUUGUGGCUUUGGACCGCCAUCGCUGCCGUUUUUCUAUCGCGGUCCAGAACUUCUCUACUAUAGGAAUAAAGUAUGCAUCACAUUAUCACGCGGAGCAGGAAAGCCACGUAAACAUUGUAUUUGUAAUACUAACAUGUGCAACGGAUAUGUAAGGCCACUAGGACGAUAUCCUGUGUCAACGAUGUCCAGAGAUGGCGCGCUACGGUCAAGAUCGUUAGCGCUCAGCGCUUCCGAUCCCACAUUACCGUUCCGAGUAUGUGUGAACUGUGAACUGAAUGCACAUGAUGGAACUUCUUUAACAUCGUCAUGUAAACAAAACAAAUGUAUUGGUAAGUUAUUGAAAAAUAUUCUCUUUUUGAAGCUGGUGCAAUAUACCAACAGUAUUCACGCUUCGCGAACUCAUAUUGGGGAAAUGGGCCAGGUUUUUACCGAAAUACGUCCAUAG